CGCAGAGGAGCUCCUCCCAGAGAGGAAGGAAGAAAACGAAAGUGAGGAGAGGAGGACUCUUAAUGAAGACCAGGACGAGGCUCAAACACAUCGUGUCAUAGCCUUCGCUGGCAUCGAAGCGAUUUCCCGUCUCAUUCGACGCUGAUUCAGCAGCUUCUCUUGAGGAGUUCGCUCUCACCCACACCCCCAUUGGGAGUGCCCAGUGGCCGCCGAGGCUUCUCAACCUCCAGAGCGAGCCUUCAUCGAUGGCGCUGACGAUGGCCAGUGCCGCUCUGCCUGCUGGGGGGUCUUCGGAUGCCUCUGCACAGACACCCAAGAUAUACGUCAUACACGAGGUGCGGGCGAGGGCAGAUGAGGGCAGCGCACACACGCAGGCUGUGGCGCCUUGUCUCGGGAUAUCCGUGUCUCCCUCUGUGUGUGUGUGUCAGAAUGAGGAGUGGCUGUAUCCGUUGCGUGAGAGCUUCCGGGAGCUCAACCAGCCGUUUGUCGACUGGAACCUGGCGCACACACUGCCGCAGUCGCUGGGCGGCCACCCCAACAGCAAGCGGCUCAUCGCCACACGCGAGGAGAGCGUGCUCAACGGCGGGUCGGCAUCCUCAUCUUCGGCAUCGUCGUCGAGCGAGAGCAUCCUGAAUGUGAUCGACUUCACCCAGCCGCCCCCUGAGGGCGUCUUCUAUAACCGCAUGUCGGCCUCAUCGCACACUCGAGGGGUGAGGUGGCACCACACGCAUUGAGAUGGAUGCAUCAAUCAUUUGUGUGUCCUGUUUGUUUUGCCUGUCAGCAUCGAUAUUCCUGCGAGUACUGUGGCGUGUUGCUGGAGUGGCUGGAGUCCUACAACCGGACCGUCAUCAACGGCAGCCGUGCGCUGGCUCUGGAGAUCAACAAGGCCAACCAGAUCACGCUGUUCCACAGUGUGGGGAUCCCCUCGCCCAAGACCAUCAUCGUGCCCGUCGACAACCUGGCAGUCGGCAAGGCCAGCCAGGCGGACGAGCGCAGGACCAUCAGAGGUGAGAGAGAAAGAGCGAGGCAUGGCUGGUGCGGGGUGUGGUGGAUGGUCUGCUCAUGUGGUGCUUGGUGAUGUGUGUGUCAGAGUACUUCGUUGGUAGCGAUUUCCCGUUGUAUUCGCCCUUUGUGCUCAAACACAACCGAUCGGGCAGCGGCCUAGGUAGGGCACGAGGGAAACGACACAUACACACACACACACACAGGCUGCAUUGCCUACUGCUGACGUGUUGUGUUGUGUUGUGUUCAGGUGUGCGUUUGUUUGGUUCCGUGUUUGAGUUGGAGGACUACCUCGCGUCGCCCACGUACGAGCCGCCCAUCGACGGCAUACUGCUGGUAUGCUCUACACACAUGCAUGAGCAAUCCUCGCCCUCAUGCUUUGACUUUGUGUCGUGUGCAUCUGUGUGUCUGUCUGCAGGUCCAGGAGUACGUUGCCGUGUCGCACAUCACUCGGCUCGAGUUCAUCGACAACAAACUCCUCUACUGCCUGAAAAUCAACGUCGACCUCCAGCAGACUGCCGACACCAGCUCGCCAUCAGCACCACCAGUGCCAGCAGCUGCCGCCCCCUCUCCCCUCUCGCAGCCAAUCACGGCCAGCAGCAACACACAGGGCGGCGACUGUGACGACGCCAUCGUCAUGGCCACCGAGGGGGACGAUGCCAGCGGCAAGAUCGCCCACAGCAGCACCAAAGACACAUGGGGUGGGAGUGCUGGUGGUGCUGAGAACAAGGGCCUGGUGUUCGCCGGUUUCUGCCCCGCCACCCACCUAAGCCACGCGCAGCUGCGGCCGUGCGACAACACGCAGGACGCGCAGGUGGACGACCUCAACGCGAGCAGCACGCAGGAGAGCAAGGCCCACGACCAGCACUUCACCAUCCUCAACGACACCAGCAACGCCGACGAGUUUGCCUACUGGGCCAGCCACCCGUUCAUCGGCAAGAUCCAGCAGAUGCUGCGGGCCAAGAACAUCGGCACGUGCGCCAUGGAGUUCGUGCGGGACCCCACCGACCCCUCGCGGCCGCCGCUUCUCAUCGAUGUCAACGUCAAUACCAACUACAACCAGGUGCGCACACACACACACACACACACGCAGUGGCUGAGCGCAUGGAAGCGAGAGAGAGUCUCAUUGCUGUGUGUGUGUGUGGAUGCAGAGUGCCGAGUCUCGCGCCGAUCUAGGGUUUGAGGAGAAGGGCAUGGGGGCCCUCGCACUCUUCCUCCAACGCAAGCUCAACGAACAGACAUCCGCCCCCACUCUCCCCGCUGCACCAGCAGCAGCAGCAGCAGCGCCUCUCCCAUCCCUCCCCUUCAUCCCGCCAGCAGCAGCCCCCGCCCCACCCCCCACCGCGUCUCCCCUCCCUCCCCAGCAGUCUGGCCCCUCCUUGCCCUCUCUGCCCGCCCCCACCUCUCAGAACCCACCUGCAUCUGCCGCAGCGAGCGCUGGUGUGUCGUCGUCUCAGUCGCCGACGUCGUCUGGUCGGCAUGUGUAUGAGUUCCGCAACGGACGGCGGCCCGAAAUCAACGCUGACGGCACCUUGAAGGCGGAGGCGGCAGAAAUCGCCGAGAGCACUCGGGGCGGUAGUGGUGGCGUGACGACUGCGCCACAACCACAGCCGGCGACGAGUGGUGGUGGUGCCCCGUUCUCCCCGUCGCCAGCCCAGAUGGCAGCGUAUCGCAGCUUCGCGGCCGCCAACCCCCUCACACGCCUCAUCCAGUCGUUCGCACACCGGCACACAGUCGAACCCAUACCCCGGUCUGCAUCGCGUGCUGAGACCCUGAGUGUGGAGCGCGCCGGUGAGAUGCUUGAGAUGCGGCCUUCAGAGAAGCUGUCCACCGGGGACGGGGAGGGGGCGACGGAAGAGGCGAUAUCGACUGCCAAUGCGGCGAGUGUGCCGUCGAGUAGCAGUGGGCCGUCUUCGUCUGCUCCCGUGUUACCGGGGGCUGCUGGCAAGGGGGGCGGUGGUGGUGGUGGUUCGGUGAAGCUGCCAGCUGGUUUGUCGUUUGUGACUGGGAUGAUGGGUGCGGUGGUGGCGGGAGCCGUCACCCACCCUGUAGACCUCGUCAAAGUCAGGAUGCAACUAGCCGGUGAGGGCGAGACACACACAGACAGAGAAGGAAGGGCAUAGGGAUGUCUUCAUGCCUCGUGUUUGGUGAAUGCGUGUGUGUUGUCAGGUCAAGUUGGUUCGAGUAGCGUUGCUGGUGGUGCGGCGGCCGUCUCGUCGUCCCGGCGGCUGGGCAUGCUCGGCACCGCUGUCGACGUCGCCAAGACGGAAGGCAUAAUGUCGCUGUACAAGUAAGAGGAAAGACAACAGACACGUGCGUGUUCGCGCGUCAUGGAUGGCUUGUGCUUUUGCGUGUGUGUGUGUCUUGUGUGCUCCAUCAGGGGCAUGUCGGGCAACGUGCUGCGACAGGUGACGUUCGUCGGCACCAAGUUCGGCAGCUACGACGUCGCCAAGAAGCUGGUGCAGACCUACACCGGCAACGAGAGCGGCCAGCUGGGCUUCGCCGAGAAGGCCCUGUGCGGUCUGGUGGCCGGCGGUGCCGGUGCAGCAGUGGGCAACCCUGCCGACAUGGUCAUGGUGAGGAUGCAGGCCGACGGGCAGCUGCCGCAGCACUUAAGACGCAACUACACCAACGCCGCGUCAGCCAUGUACCAGGUCAGUGACCUGCUGACAGCGCAACUGUGCCUGAUGACUGUCCGCGGCAAAUGUGUGUGGGUGUUUUUGUGUGCGUAGGUUGCUCGUGAGGAGGGCGUCGUGGCGCUGUGGCGGGGCUGCAUGCCGACGGUCAACCGAGCCAUGAUCGUCACGGCCGCGCAGAUGGCGUGCUACGACCAGACCAAAGAGGAGAUACUCAAACACACAUCACUCAAGGUCACCAAUCUCACCGACCAACGCGAUAAAAGCUCUGCAACCGCAUCGUGUGUGGCGUGCUGUUGUGCUGUGUCUCAGGACGGCCCGUUGGUGCAUCUGUCGAGCUCUCUUGUCGCUGGCUUCGUGGCGUCCGUCACAUCAAACCCCUUCGACGUGGCCAAGACCAGGCUCAUGCAGGUGCGUUUGAAUGCAUGGACGAAGGGCACAUAGCAUGAGACGUGGCAUGCUCAUGUGUUUGCCCCUGUGUUGUCUCUCAGAUGCAAGCCGAUCCCACCACUGGCCAGUACCCCUACAGAGGCACGGUCGACUGCCUCGCUAAGACGGUAACCACUCACACACCCACACCUGACAGGCGCGUAUCAUGCUUUCUUUGUGUGCCUUGUGUGUGGAUGGGGUGGUUCAGGUGUCUGGCGAGGGUGUGGGUGCGUUGUACAAGGGUCUUGGCCCGACCAUCGCGCGUCAGGUGCCCCUCAACAUGCUGCGGUUCAUGUGCGUGGAGCAGCUCCGCAAACUCUUCACCAAGCUGUACCAGCCAAGGCCACCACCACAACAACCGGCUGCUGCCGAAUGACGCAUGACGAGCUGGCCAG